AUGGCCGAACUAGUGAGAGACUAUUAUGAAUCCCUGCAACAUGAAGGGCUGAAUACCACCACAGGAAGACAACCAGCUAUCGAAAAAAUACUAGACACUAUCCAGACUCAGUUAUCACCAGAUAACAAACAGGAACUAGAAACGAACCUCUCAAAGGAUAACAUCAAUGAGGUGCUUAACCUCCUGUCCAAUGGCAAAGCACCAGGGAUGGAUGGUCUCCCUUAUGAAUUCUGGAAGUGGGUGAACGAGAAAUCUAAAUCCCUGUCAGAAAAAGAUCAAGAAGAUGAACCGUUUAACUUAAUUGAGUGCCUCACUGCAGUAUUCAAUGAUGUGGAAGUCUAUGAAAUAGUUCCAAACAUGUGCUUUGCGGAU